CCGAAUUGAUAAAAUCCAAGCCAUUCACUCUACCAUUCCCUCCAUCCUCCUUUCUCCAUCAUUCUUUGCAAUCAAAAAGAGCUGUGCUCGUCCUACCCUCGUUAACAAAUUAAUCAUCACGUUCAUUUUUGAUCUUUAUUCAAUCUUGUCUUUCAUUUCACAAUGAAGUCCGUCGUUGCUCUCUCUCUGCUUACCACCGCCCUGGGUGCCCCGACCCAGAGCGUCAACCACCGGUCGUUGCUGGGCAGAUCUAGCACCGGUACUAGUGACGGUCUGGGUGCCUUGGAAUCUCUGUUCCCGAUCAGUGGCGCCAGCACCGGCACCAGCACCAGCGACGGUCUGGGUGCCCUGGAAUCGCUGUUCCCCAGCAGUGGCACCAGCACCAGCGACGGUCUAGGUGCCCUGGAAUCGCUGUUCCCCAGCAGUGGCACCACCACCACGAGCGGUUCCAGCGGCGAUUUCAGCAGCCUCUUUGGCCGUGCUACGACCGACUCCUCCACUGCCAACGACGUCACCGACAACACCGGCUGCAAGGAGCUUACCUUCAUUUUCGCCCGCGGUACCUCCGAGACCGGCAACAUGGGCACCAUCGUCGGGCCCGAGGUGGCCUCUGACCUGAAGUCCCUGACCAGCAACAAGGUCGCCGUGCAGGGUGUCGAUUACCCUGCUGACUGGGCCGGUAACGCCGACAUGGGCGCCUCUGGCGGCAGUACCAUGGCCUCAUUAGUCAAGCAGGCCAUCAGCCAAUGCCCCAACACCACGGUCGUGGUGGGCGGCUACUCGCAGGGCGCCAUGGUGGUGCACAACGCCGCUAGCCAGCUGAGCUCGGGGGAGAUCCAAGCGGCCGUGCUUUUCGGUGACCCGCUCAAGGCCGAGUCGGUCGACACCCUCGACUCCUCCAAAGUGAAGGAGUUCUGCGCCACUGGCGACCCGGUCUGCGAGAACGGCUCCGAUGUCAUGGCCCACCUUUCCUAUGGCGAUGAUGCGCAAACUGCGGCGCAGUUCUUGGUCAGCGCGGUCGGUCUUUAAGAAUUUCUCGCGGACUUAAGUAUACAGUUUGUCUUGUGAAGGGAGGGUGCAGGGAAAUCUGGAUGGCGAGAAACGGCUGUGUUUGGGAUUGGUGCUGUGGUGUAUCUAAGAAAGACCUUCCGGCUCGGUGAUAUGCUCUGAGCUUAGACUCUACUCAUAAAUAGUUAUUCCGUUC